AUGGAAGAUGGAAAACUAUGGUGGAGUCAUACGAUGGAUAUGGAUACUGGAAAUCGUAUGACUGGAAAUGAAUACGAUCCGUUUCCCAAAUUAUUUUCUGAUUAUCCGUUCUUAGAUGAGGACGAGAAUUCACGGCUGAUGGAUAUAUUUGACAAUAUUUCAGCAGGGGAUUUAAACUCAGUGUACAAUUCCAUUUGUAAUAAUCAAGAAAAUAACGAAACGUUUAGCAACGAAACAACUAAGCUUGUUGAAGAUCUGCUUACAACCUCGCUACAGGUUGGAAGAGCUGCAUCUAAAAUAUCUGGUAAUACAGUAAAAAUGAAAAUAGAGGCUGAGCAAGAAAAUUUUACUAAGCAAGAAAAUUUUACUGAACAAGAAAAGGACGAAGUAUUUAAGCCUUCAACACAGAAAACGAAAGAAGAUAUAAUACCAAUUAAAAAUACAAUAACAAUUAAAAAAGUUAAAGCAGAGGAGCAAGAAGAUUGUGUAGAUGUUGAAACAAUACCACGAGAUGAAAUACCAAUACUAGAAGCACACGAUACAAAAAGUUUGUUAGAAAAAUUUGAGGCUUGCGAAAAUCCAAAUCCAUGCAAUAAAUCGAUCGUUAAAAAUGAUCAUACAUAUGACACUAGACCAAACAAAACAUGUCAAGUGUCUCAAGAGUGUAGGGCUAACAUAUCGGAGAAAUCUAUUUCUCAAGUUUUUAAUCAACAGCCCUCAAUCUUAUCUAAAAAAACAAUAAAACUCAAUAAAACAAAGAUGUUAGAACGUAGAAAAACUAGUCCGAAAAUUGCUAUGCCAAAUAUACAAAGUACUAAACGUAAAAGUACACAAAUGCAAGACAGAGUUUUCUGUAACAAGAUUUUGAAGAUAGAUUCUACAGUAUCGAAUGAUGCUAAAAGUACAACAGUCAGUAGAACUUUGGUACAGUUGGAUCACGAUUAUUGUAACAAUGACAACUUUUGUACCAAGAGCUACAAUAGCAACAAAACUACAAAACAUACAUCUGUAUUAAAAUUGAGCCAAAAUGACAAUCUAGAUGGUCUCAAUCAACACGAAAGGCACUACAAGACUGACAGUUCAUAUGAACAGUGCCACCUGGAAUUUGCUAAUAUAUAUGACGGUAAUGGAAAACCAGCAGUCUUACAAAAUGAAAUCGAAGAUAAUUGGCUUGAAAAUGAUCAUAAAUGCUGUCAAAAAGAGACUCCUCUCAAACACGCCAUCGACUUAAAUAAUUCAUCUGUUAGAAAUAUAAAUAUUUCAAACGUAUCUCCAACCGUCACACCUCUUCUCGAUUCUAUUCGUUCACCUUUAGCUAGAAAAAUCAUCCUGCAAUCACAGAAAUAUAUAUUACCUAAAACGAAUAGUAUACAAACGAAUCCUAAAACGCAAUAUAUUUCCGUAUUAAAGAAUCCACCAAAUGCAUCACAAUCACAGUUCUCAAUAAAUAAUCCUAAUGAAAAUAUGGUAACCAUUAUGAAUAAUUCAAAUAAUAAAGUACAAAAUAUAAUUGGACAAAAUACUCAAAACAUGCCACCACAUGAAGAAGACAAAACAUCUCGUGUUAAAAUUAGUGUAUUAGAAUAUCGAAAAAGAAUACUGAAUGAUAAGACUCGUAAUAACAAAUGCAUGAUAAUGGAAGAAUCAUUUCGAACUAUACUAGUGGAUAUUUAUCAUGCUUCAACUAUGACACUACCACUCGGACCUGAUCAAGAAAUAAAGGAUACGUUUUACUGUCAGAGAGAAGUUAUGCCAUGUUGGAAAAAGCAAUCAGAUAUACAAGAAGAAAAAAAUAAGCCAAAACCAUCUACUCGCGAUGUACAAACAGAAACGGACGAAAAUAUUUUUAAAUAUUUAAAAUCAGUAGAUGUUGAGGAGGAAGAGAGAGAUGUAAAAAUUGUAGAGAUAAACAAAAAAAGGGAAGAAAGUACAAAGAAUAAAAAACAGAAAUCCUGCGAAAGAGUCUCUCACAGUUUGAGUCGAUCUAGAUCAAAAAGCAGAAGCAGGUGUACGACAAGCGAAAGCAGUAAUGAGAGUAGAAAUAGAAGUAGGAGUAAGAGUAGAGACAGAAGAAGUAAAAGCAAAAGUCAAAAUCGAAGCAGAAGGAGAAGUAGAAGUAAGAGCAGGACAAGAAAUAGGAACAGAAGCAGAAGUGUUAGUACAAGCACAAGCAAAAGCCGAAGUAGCAGCAAAAACAAGAGUAGCAGUAGGAGUAGGAGUAGAUCUCGAAUAGAUCGACGCAGCAGCCGACGAACAAUAAGUCAUCGCACGCGACGCAGCUCUGUUACCUCAACAAGCAGUUGGUCGUCUCCUGCAUCUAUUUCAAUGAGAUCAAAGCAUUCGUAUUCAAGUUCUAGCUCUCGAUCUGACAUCCGAUCUAGAUCUAGAUCUCCCGAACGGUUUUAUUCUAAACGAUCAAGGUCUCCCUCGACUUCGAAUCUUCGAAGAAAUAAAUGGUCUAAUAAACGAAGAAAGGAUAGUAGGGAUCGUGAAAGAAGUUAUGAUAAAUAUGACAGACGCGAAAGAAGUUAUGAUAAAUAUGAGAAACGUUCCUUAACCAAUCGUCAUGUCAAUAGAAGUUAUAGAUCACCAUUAGAUUCUUGUUCCGAAACUUACGAUGAUUGGCACAACAGAAAAAAGCAAAGAGAAAUAGAAGAACGAAGAGUGGUAUAUGUAGGGCGUAUAGAUGAAGGAAUUACCAAAUCUGAUCUACGUAAAAGGUUUGAGAUUUUUGGACCUGUUGAAGAUAUCAGUGUACAUUUUCGUGAACAUGGCGAAAACUACGGUUUUGUCACUUUUCUAUAUAACAAUGAUGCUUACGAAGCCGUGGAACAUGGUAAUGACAAUCCGUCUUUACCCGAAUAUACUUUAUCUUUUGGAGGUCGGAGAGCGUUUUGCAAAUCCAAGUACGCCGAUCUGGACAAUGUAGAAGAUGGUGCCCCUAAGAGGAGGCCUCACAUAAAUGAAGACAUGUCCUAUGAUUAUCUCUUAAAGUCAACAGCAUAUAUGCUCAAAAGAAAAGUUUGACAUACGUAUUGUCUAAUCGUUUUAAAUUUAAACAAUAGAUUGAUUGUUAUUAAAGUAAAUUUUUUAGAGAAAGAAACACACCUGUAUCAAUGCUCAUAUACAGUGUGUUUCAGUGCUACUCUUUUACUAUAACAAAUAGUAAUUAGGAAUAUAAAAAUUAUAAAUACAUUAGGAGCAUUUGAAAUUUUUAAUUAUCCAAUGCU